AUGCCCGACCUGGCUCCCAUCGUGAAGAAAUACCGCGCCCUCAUCGUCAAAGACAAAGGUCUGCCAGAGGUACUACUCUGGCACACCUCGGACAAGGCCAGACGUCUACGCAUCCACACUGUGGCGACCCAGCUGGAGCCCGACCUCGUGCUGGAUCCCGCCUAUACGGCCAUAUUGCAGGGCGAUCUGGGAUUGAUGGAGAUGAGUGAUGCCGUUGAGGCGCUGUUGAUUGCGCGCGAGGCGGCCAGUGUCGAGAACGACACGCAGCGAUAG